AUUCAGGAUAAACAGGUUUUUGACGUUCCGACCAGCCUACGAAGUAUGGCGUCUCUCCUUCGGCUAUCAGUCGUGUGUUCGUUUUAGUAAACAAAGAAACAUAAUCGUUGGGCUGCCUGUGUUUAAAGUUACAACAAGAAGCCAAAAUGGCUGCGGCUACUGUUUCUAAAACAAAUAUGGCGAUGAAAAAACCGUUUAUCAUCGGUGUAGCUGGAGGUUCAGCAUCAGGAAAGUCAUCAGUUUGUUCUAAGAUAAUGGAACAACUUGGACAAGACGACAUUGACUGUAAAACAAGAGUGGCUAUCAUUGGUCAGGAAAGCUUUUACAGGGAACUGAACGAAGAAGAGCUGAGAGAUGCUGGUAAAGGAGAAUUUAACUUCGAUCAUCCAGAUGCUUUUGACUUUGAAAAAAAUUACGAUGCAAUAAAAAGCAUUGCAUCAGGAAAAACUGUUGAAAUCCCUACAUAUGACUAUGAUAUUGCAUCUACAAAAGAUGCAAAGGUCAACUUGAUUCAUCCAACUACAGACAUUAUCCUAUUUGAAGGAAUAUUGACCCUGUAUUUUAAAGAAAUCCGAGAUCUUUUGGAUAUGAAGUUAUUUGUGGAUACUGAUAGUGACACAAGGCUUUCAAGAAGAGUACUAAGAGACACCCAAGAGAGAGGUAGAGAUUUAGACUGUGUUUUAGCAACUUAUACUAAUUUUGUGAAGCCUGCUUUUGAAGACUUCUGUCUACCAACAAAAAAGUAUGCUGAUGUGAUAAUACCACGAGGAUCUGAUAACACAG